CAGGCGUGCACGUGUACAUACGUCCCUGUACCAUGCGGUACAGCAGUGAUGCUGACGAGCCGGAUGAUGAAUGAGACGAAACAAGGACGAUGAAUUGUGCUCGAGGGAAAUUCGCUUUUUAGCUGUCUUGGACUUUGGAUUCGCACGCGAAUUCGCACGUGUCGGUGUCUACACGAGACGUGAUGUGUCCAAAUUUCGUGAUGAACACACGACAGCAUGGAGGAGAGGAGAAGUCGACACCCAUGAGAAAGAGAUUGAAUUACGAAAACAAGCUCAUCCUGGCGCCGAUGGUGCGAAUCGGCACGCUUCCAAUGCGUCUACUCGCCCUGGAUUAUGGCGCGGACAUUGUUUACACUGAGGAACUGAUUGAUUGGAAGUUACUUCGUUCGAUUCGUCGAGAGAACGAUGUUCUAGGCACUAUCGAUUAUAUCGACAAGACGGAUCGCACUGUAGCGUUUCGUACCUGUUCCCGUGAGCGAGACAAUGUGGUUCUCCAGAUUGGCACUUCGGAUCCAACAAGGGCCGUCCAAGUCGCUAGUAUGGUGGAAAAGGACGUUGCUGGCAUCGACGUUAAUAUGGGCUGCCCCAAAAAGUUCUCCAUACUCGGGGGAAUGGGUGCUGCUCUCCUUACCAACCCACAGCAAGCAACCAGCAUUUUGCGGAAGCUGAUUGAAACUGUGUCAAUACCAGUCACUUGUAAAAUACGCAUUCUACCCAAUCUGGAAGAGACUUUUCAGCUUUGCGAUACCCUCACCUCUACUGGUAUCGAGGCCAUCGCUGUGCAUGGUCGCACAAUCGACGAAAGACCGCAACACUCGAAUCGCAACCAUGUUCUCAAGCUGAUCUCUGACAGAUUGUCGAUACCAGUGAUUGCGAAUGGUGGAUCCAAAGAUGUACAGAAUCAUUCCGAUAUAUUCAGGUUUAAAGAAGAAACAGGUUGCAGUAGUGUGAUGCUCGCUCGCGCAGCCGAAUGGAACUGCUCGGUAUUUCGUAAGGAAGGUCCGCUCCCGAUGGAGGAUGUGAUAAAAUCGUAUUUAAAGUACGCUAUCGAUUACGACAAUUCGCCUUCUAAUACGAAAUAUUGUGUACAGAAUAUAUUGAGGGAGCUGCAGGAUUCUCCGUUGGGCAGAAAGUUCCUUGACGCGCAAACGUUGGAACAAAUAUGUGACUUGUGGGGAUUGGGUGACUACUGCCGAUCCAAGAGAAAAGAGUUCCUAGAAAAAGGCUUGUUGGGUCGGUUUCAAGUGACGCCAGUGAUCUUCGACGAAGAUACAAAGGACGAUUGCAUUUCUCAGAAGAGAAAAAUGCACGACGAGGAAGACGUCGCUCUGAUGCGUUGUGCCUUUUUGAGAAGCAGUUAUACAACAGACUCAGAGCUGCCAAAAACCAGAUUAUGCAAGUGGACCAAGGAUCAUCAUAAAAAGAUGCCAGUAUAUGAUACUCGAAAAAACGACAAACUGUUCUGUUCUGUAGUUACCGUCGAUGGCAGGAAAUAUGGUUCCUCUUUUUGGGAGAAAAAUAAGAAAUGGGCCGAACAAGGUGCCGCUUUGGUAUGUCUGUAUUUUCUAGGGAUCAUCGACGAAAAGAGUCUUGCCACUGGCGGUAACGUUCUUUCGCGAUGAUAUCCGAUUUAUCCGACCUAUUUAACGUGUCGACAAGUACUUGAUAUAAACAUCGAAAUAUACAUAUAUGUAAAUAUUAUUUUUAACGAAUAAAUCGUUCUUGUUUAUACUUUA